AUGGAAAGGGACCGCAUCAGCCUCACAGUGCCGACUCACACAGACAGCCCUGCACAGCAAGUGGUGCAGUACGCUCAAAAUAAGGAUCCCCCGAGCAGACCUCUGCAAAACAGACUUCGGAAAACGCUAUUCAUCGCCAUGCCUCCGAAGAAGAGACAGUCGGACGUUGUGCGUCGCAAAUCGCGACAGAGCGAUGUCCAACCUGGCGAUCCGAUCCCCAAUCGAGGCAAGCGACGCUACAGACCAGGGACGGUUGCUCUUAGGGAGAUUCGGAGAUACCAAAAUGGCACCGACCUUCUGCUGCGACGUCUUCCCUUCUCACGUCUAGUUCGCGAAAUUGCCGAGUCGGUAAGGCCUCGAGGCGAAGCUAUGCGAUGGCAGUCACAAGCAAUACAAGCACUGCAAGAAGCUGCCGAGGCUUUCUUGGUUCACCUUUUCGAAGAUACAAAUCUCUGUGCAAUCCAUGCUAAGAGGGUGACCAUCAUGCAAAAGGAUAUCCAGCUUGCAAGGCGCAUUCGCGGCGUAUGGGGUGGCCUCGGCUGA